GAGGGCCGCGGUGCUUGGCGGGCCAGUAGCGGGUUGUCAGAACGAUUGCCACCGGACUGGGGCGAGGCUGCGUUGCUGGGUCUUGGCCGCUUGGGACCCGCGCAAGCAUGAGAGCACAGAGGACGCAGGGCCGCUGGAGGCGCAGGUAACGAAACUGGGGUGCAGUGGGGCCGCGGCGGGGCUUCUUCCGGGACUCGUGGUGCUGAAUGGAAAGGACCGAGGCGACGCCGAGCUGCAGCUCCUAGCGGCGGGGCCAGUGCCCGAGCUGCAGCUGCCAGAGGAUGUGUGGAUCCCGGGCGGCGCGGGGGAGCUGAGAGCCUUCGGGCCCCAAGACCCCCGGAGCCCGGGAUGAGUUAGCGAGGGCAGCCACGGGGGCCAGUUCCCACUGCUACAGGCCGAGCCGACGGCCGCCGCCCGCCCGCCUGCCCCUUCGUCCUGAAGCCGCUAGCUAGCUCGUCGCCCGCCCGCCUGCGUUCCCGGCCCUGGAGACCAUGAGGUUCCGCAUCUACAAGCGGAAGGUGCUGAUCCUGACCUUCGUGGUGGCCGCCUGCGGCUUCGUCCUAUGGAGUAGCAAUGGGCGACAAAGGAAGAACGAGGCCCUUACUCCGCCGCUGCUGCUGCAGGACGCCGAGCCCGCGCGAGGUGCUGGCGGCCGGGGUGGGGAGCACCCCGCUGUGUCUGUGGGCAUCCGCAGGGUCUCCAACGAUUCGGCGGCUCCGCUCGUCCCGGCGGCCCCACAGCCAGAGGCGGACAAUCUGACGCUGCGGUACCGGUCUCUAGUGUACCAGCUGAACUUUGAUCAGACGUUGAAAAAUGUAGAUAAGGACGGCGCCUGGGCUCCCCGGGACCUGGUGUUGGUGGUCCAGGUGCAUAACCGGCCCGAAUACCUCAGACUGCUGCUGGACUCACUUCGGAAAGCCCAGGGUAUUGAAAAUACCCUCGUCAUCUUUAGCCACGACUUCUGGUCGACAGAGAUCAAUCAGAUGAUCGCCGGAGUGGAUUUCUGUCCGGUUUUGCAGGUCUUUUUUCCUUUCAGCAUUCAGUUGUACCCCAACGAGUUUCCAGGCAGUGACCCUAGAGAUUGCCCCAGAGACCUGGACAAGAAUGCCGCGUUGAAAAUGGGGUGCAUUAAUGCCGAGUAUCCCGACUCUUUCGGCCAUUAUAGAGAAGCCAAGUUUUCCCAAACCAAACACCAUUGGUGGUGGAAGCUGCAUUUUGUAUGGGAAAGGGUCAAAAUUCUUCAAGACUAUGCUGGCUUUAUACUUUUCCUAGAGGAAGAUCAUUACUUAGCCCCAGACUUUUACCAUGUCUUCAAAAAGAUGUGGAAAUUGAAGCAGCAAGAGUGUCCCGAGUGUGAUGUUCUCUCUCUGGGGACCUAUACUGCCAGUCGCAGUUUUUAUAGCAUUGCUGACAAAAUAGAUGUAAAAACCUGGAAGUCCACAGAGCACAAUAUGGGUCUAGCCUUGACCCGGGACGCGUAUAAGAAACUGAUUGAGUGCACAGACACUUUCUGUACUUAUGAUGAUUAUAACUGGGACUGGACUCUUCAGUACUUGACUGUAUUUUGUCUUCCAAAAUUCUGGAAAGUGCUGGUUCCUCAAGCUCCUAGGAUUUUUCAUGCUGGAGACUGUGGUAUGCACCAUAAGAAAACCUGUAGGCCAUCCACCCAGAGUGCCCAAAUUGAGUCACUCUUAAAUAAUAACAAACAGUACAUGUUUCCAGAAACUCUAGUUAUUAGUGAGAAGUUUCCUAUGGUAGCCCUUUCCCCACCUAGGAAAAAUGGAGGGUGGGGUGAUAUUAGGGACCAUGAACUCUGUAAAAGUUACAGAAGACUGCAGUGAAAAUUCACAAUUACAGGAACAAAAGUGACAGUCUUCUGUUUUUCAUAUUUGUCCAAACAGGAUAUACAGUUGAAUAAAAGGGUUUAGGAACUGGUUUCUGCUUUAAUAGGAAAAAAAUUUCUUAUAAAAGGUGCCCCAAUACAGUAAUCAUUUCUAGUUAUAUCUGAUAAAGAUAUAAAACUGAAGUUUUCAUUUCAGGGUUGUGUUUUAAAGCUCAACCCCUAUCUGCUAAAGGUAAUCAUUAUUGUUAAUUGUUAAGAGAGAGGAGAGUGAAUCUUAAUAAAUUACAUCUAUUAAUCUUUUUAUCUGGAACUUUGUACACUUUUCCACUUUCGAAACUUACUUUAAAUACAGCAAAGUUUAUUUAAAAUUAUCAUAGCAGUAAAAAGUAUUACAAUGAAAUUGUUGGAGUAUUAAUGAAACAAGCCCAGUUUCACGCUUGACACAGUUCUUUGGAAGGCACUCUUCACUGAUUUUAUAACUCAAGUUAUAUUUGUUAAAUACCUUGUCAGAACAGUCAUUUUCAGUAUUACAGAUUCCUGUACUAUUGUGUUAAGAUUUGCCUGUGCUUUGGAACCUUCUUAGAACACACUUUCUUUUGGAAUGUAUUUGAUUGAUAAGGAAGUUUAAACAUUGUUUUCACUUCAAUGUAGAAAUACAGUGGGGUUUUUCUCUUUUCUUUUUUUCCUUUUAGUGCUGCCAAAAUAAAAUACUCAUUUUGCAUAAAAGAUUCUUAAUCGUUUUGCAGAAUAAAUUGCCUUAAACUUUUACUUGAAAAUUCAGCUACAGGCAUUCUGGGAGUUUUGAAAGUUAACAUUACAUCUUAAUAUUUAGUAUCUCUACAUUGUAUAAUUGAAUUUGAAAUAAAACUUAGGUCAUGACAGUGCA